UCCUGCCGUGACCGCACAAUCUCUGCGCCCCCGCUCUCUCGUUCUUCUUUCCCACUCCAAAUCGCAUUCCUUUUAGAUUCCAUUUCUGUCUAACUCACGACAUCCAAACGCGGACAAAAUUCACAUACCCCCAUUUCACCAUCAAUCAUGUCUCCAGAUCAAGAUCACAUGUUGUCGUGAAUCCCCCACCAAAAGAUCAAAAAGAACAUGAAGGUUGCUGAAUCCUGCUCAUGAUGGCCGCCCCCAGGAAUCUGGCCAUCGAGAUCGGACGGCUGAGAGACGUCGAGAAUCCCACGGAAGAUUCCCCCACGUCAAAGAAGCCGUCCAGCAGCAAAUUCCAAGGGAGAUUCCCACUCACGAGAUGGGAAUUGACCGGCGUGCUGAGCAUCUUCUUCUUGUUCUUGAUCGGGCUCUUCUGCAUAUAUAUAACGAUGCCAUCAGCCGAGUACAUCAAGAUCAUCAGAUUACCGCGGACGGUGGCGGAUCUUCGCAUCCUCAAAGAUCAUCUUGCAACAUAUGCAAAUGAUUACCAAGCUCAGUUUAUGCUAGGUUACUGCUCAACUUACAUCUUCAUGCAAACUUUUAUGAUUCCCGGUACCAUAUUCAUGUCAUUGCUAGCUGGAGCUCUUUUUGGUGUCAUCAAAGGCUUUCUCUUGGUUAUUUUCACUGCCACUGCUGGUGCCUCAUCCUGCUAUUUCCUAUCAAAGCUAUUCGGCAGGCCCUUAGCUUGCUGGUUGUGGCCUGAAAAGCUGAGAUUUUUCCAGUCAGAGAUUGCGAAGCGCAGGGAAAAGCUGCUGAAUUAUAUGCUUUUUCUGAGGAUAACUCCGACUUUGCCAAACACAUUUAUUAACUUGGCAUCUCCAAUAGUUGAUAUACCAUUUCAUGUUUUCUUCCUUGCAACGUUGGUUGGUCUUAUGCCCUCCACCUAUAUCACUGUUAGAGCAGGCCUUGCUCUUGGCGAUCUGAGGUCGGUUAAGGAUCUCUAUGAUUUUAAGACCCUCUCAGUUCUGUUCCUUAUCGGCUUCGUCUCCAUACUCCCGACCAUCCUCAAGCGGAAGAGGACAUAUGAAUGAAGGUUGCAAAAGUUGGUCCCCUUUUACCGUGCUGCAGGCAAGGUGGACAAAGGAAGUCUGUAUUCACUGCCAUUUCCCCACCCGUGUACGGCCCGAGAAGGUCUAGAAAUGCAAGUUCCUAGUGGACAUCCAUCUCUGGUUAUGGUACGCAGGUUGUUUGUUGUCUUACUUGUGACAGAAGGAUUGGUUCAUCAGUUUUCUCCUUAUAAUCAUCUCUUUCUUCCAAUUUGAUAUUUUAGACACUUGGGAGAAUCAAGGAGGUGGUGGUGUAUUUUUCUUUUACAGGAAUAUGAUCAGGCAAUCCGAGUCGCAUGAUUAGGAAAACUGCAUAUGUUGUUGUUACAAUUGAUUGAGUGCCCAUAUGCAGGGGCACUUUGGGGAUAUUAGGAAUGUCGGGAAUGGGCUACAAUUACACCAUCUGACUGUUUGGUUUUCCAAGUAAUGCGACUCGGUGUGGCAUCCCCUAUUAUUUCAUUGAAAUUUAACCAACGUACCCUUUUCUCUUGUAUGAAAUGAAUGAUAAUACAUUCGCGUUUGAGAAUGCUCUAGUAGUUGCUCUUUCUAGAAUUCAACUGA